AGGGGAGGAGACUGGUGAGCCUCGCCGCACAGAUGACCUCAUGCUCGGAAGGAGGAGGAGCCCAGCGUCCGCUCAGUUAACGCUGGUGGUGCAUCAAGUGGGAACGUGUGUGUAUGGAGUUACUCUCAAAUUCUGGAGAAAAGUGGUUUUUCAAGAAGGAACUUACUCUAAGGUGUCUGCAGUGAGGAUUCCAGGACAUUUGCCAUGUUUAAGGCAGUGCUGAAAAAGAACAGAGAUGGAGGCAAGGCAAGCAAGAAGGAUUCAGGAGGUGUCCACGGCCACGGUGCCCAAAGAAGAUUCCCACCUGAAGGAAACCUUCAGCCCCCAGGCUUUGGCGGCGGCCACCCGAAUGUUCCAGAUGAUGUUUUCCGACUAAGCCUCGCUAAAGGAGCCUCCAUGUCUCUGCCCUCUUCACCUCUUCUUCCCCGCCAGUCCUUCAUGUUGCCCUUACGACCAAGCAAAAGAUCUCCAGGUCCAGUCAGGAAGCCCAAGUACGUGGAGAGUCCCCGCGUCCCUUCCGAUGCCAUUCUUUCCGCGCUGAGGAAGGGGGCUGACAAGAAGGAGUCCACCCACAAUGAGCUGCACGCGGAGAAACAGCCAAACUCCUCCCCGGCCACACAGGAACUGAUGACAAGGCUGGGCUUCUUGCUGGGAGAAGGCAUCCCGAGUUCGGCGCGCAUACCCAUGGACGACAAGAAUGAAAAGAAGUGCUGUACGACGAACCAGGGCAUCAGCCCCAGUUCCACACUAACCAGCAGCACCGCGUCGCCCUGCACCGACAGCCCGUGUUCCACUCUCAACAGCACCACAAGCCGCCCCCCUCUCAGUCGCGCCAGCCCUUGUGGAACAAUCACCAGCCCCACCUCCACGCUGGAGAGUAAGGACAGUGGAAUAAUAGCCACUAUUACCAGUUCCUCGGAAAAUGACGACCGCAGUGGCUCCAGCCUGGAGUGGAGCAAGGAUGGCAGCCUGAGGGGCAACGGCCGCCAUGGCCUGGCCCAGACCAUGCGGGCCGACACCUGUUCUCCCGUAGCAGAGGAAGACUCCAACAACUCGUCUGCCGGUUCCGCCGACAACCCCGCCAGGACUGACCAGCAGCAGCAUGGUGGUGCAUCGGCGGCGGCUGCAGGACCAUCAUGUCACGCAUCAGAGGGGCUGAAUCAGUACUCACAACAGACUGCCUCUCUCCUUAUGAUGCCGAGGCCCAACUCUGUAGCAGCCACCAGCUCAACAAAGCUGGAAGACCUGAGCUAUCUCGAUGAACAACGCAACACACCCCUGCGGACAUCCAUCCGCCUCCCCUGGCAUAACACGGGGGGGCGGCCACCUCAAGACACUAAAGGUCGCUUCUCUCCCUACAAACCGGUGGACAUCAUGCUCAAGCCUCUUUUGUUUGAGGUGCCCAGCAUCACCAUGGAUUCUGUCUUCGUGGGCCGAGAUUGGCUUUUCCAGAAGCUGGAAGACGUCUUGCAGGACAGCGAGUCCACGGAGAGCCACGGCGCCGUGGUGGUGGGCAGCGUGGGCUACGGGAAGACGGCCAUCGUCUCCCGGCUGGUCGCACUGAGCUGCCACGGAGGACGCAUGCGACAGAUUGCCUCCAACAGUCCGAGCGCCUCCCCUAAAAGUGUCGGGGUAUCAAGCUCAGAACUUCCUCUCAGCCAGCCCCCCCAGCCUACUCCGCCCUCCAGUGCUGCAAACACUUUGAGGACCAACAGUUGCCCCGGGACCCCCGAAAUCCAGCGGCGCAGAGAAGAGGCCGUCAAACGGCUGGCUGCUAAGGUGGUGGCCUAUCACUACUGCCAAGCAGACAACACUUACACUUGUUUGGUGCCAGAGUUUGUGCACAGCGUCGCCGCCCUGCUGUGCCGAGCACACCAGCUCGGUGCGUACAGGGAACUCUUGCUGAAAGAGCCGCACCUUCAGAGCAUGCUCAGUUUGCGCUCCUGCGUCCAAGACCCCAUGGCCGCUUUCCGGAGGGGUGUCCUUGAGCCUCUGGGUAACCUCCGUACAGAGCGGAAGAUUCCGGAGGAGGAUCUCAUCAUCUUGAUAGAUGGACUGAACGAAGCUGAAUUCCAUAAGCCGGACUACGGCGACACCAUUGCCUCUUUUAUUACGAAGGUCAUAACGAAGUUUCCUCCCUGGUUAAAAGUGGUGGUCACUGUCCGUGUCAGCUUACUGGAGAUCACCAACCUUCUGCCCUUCACCAAGAUCUCCCUGGAUGACUUCGCGGACAACAAAGAGAUAAGCAAUGACCUCAACUCCUAUAUCCAGUACCGCAUUAGCGGCACCAAGGAUAUCAUGAACAACAUUAGUCUCAAUGGUAAAGCGGAUCCGAUCACCAUUGGAAAACUCAGUAGCCACCUGAUCUCCCGCAGUCAGGGCUCCUACCUGUAUCUCAAGCUUACCCUGGACCUCUUCGAGAGGGGCCACUUGGUAAUCAAGAGUUCCAGCUACAAAGUCGUGCCCGUCUCGCUGGCCGAGCUCUACCAACUGCAGUGCAACAUGAAGUUCAUGACCAACUCGGCUUUCGAGCGAUCGCUGCCCAUCCUAAACGUGGCUCUGGCUUCGCUGCACCCCAUGACCGACGAGCAGCUGUUCCAAGCCAUCAAUGCCAGCAACAUCCGAGGGGAGCUGCCCUGGGAGGACUUCCAGCAACGUGUGGACUUGCUCUCGGGCUUCCUCAUCAGACGUCGCGACAAGACGCGGAUGUUCUGCCACCCUUCAUUCAGAGAGUGGCUCGUGUGGAGGGCUGAUGGAGAGAGUACGGACUUCCUCUGCGACCCGAGGACGGGUCAUGCUCUCAUUGCAUUCAUGCUGUCACGUCAAGAAGGGAAACUGAACCGGCAACAGACCAUGGAAUUAGGACACCACAUUCUCAAGGCACACAUCUUUAAGGGUCUGAGUAAGAAAACGGGCGUGUCCUCCAGUGUGCUGCAGGCGUUGUGGAUCAACUGCAGCGCCGACGGCCUUUCUGCGGCCUUGGCCUCCCUGAGGAACCUUUACACCCCCAACGUGAAGGUGAGCCGUCUGCUUAUGCUGGGUGGAGCCAACGUCAAUUACCGCACCGAGGUGCUGAACAACGCACCGGUGGUUUGCGUGCAGUGUCACCUCGGCCACCAGGAGAUCACUUCCUUGCUGAUGGAGUUUGGCGCCAGUGUUGAGGUGGUGUCGGAAAACGGCAUGAGCCCCCUGUGUUAUUCGGCGGCUGCGGGACACCUGGGCCUCGUCAUGAUGCUGUGCCAGCGGGGGGCCAAGGUCGACCAUGUGGAUAAAAGUGGCCAGUGUGCCCUUGUGCACGCUGCUCUCCGAGGACAUCCCGAGAUUAUCCAGUACCUGCUGGAGAUGGAAUGGAGCGCUGAGGUGCAGCAGGAGGAUUGCGCUUUGAAGAGCAAAGCCCUGCAGCAGGCUUUGAUAGCGGCGGCCAGCAUGGGACACACGCAGGUUGUGCGGGGAUUGUUGGCAGUGAAUAAUGAGUACGCCGUGCAAAUUGAUAGCCACGACACUCUGUGGGGAGAGACAGCGUUGACGGCGGCAGCCGGCCGGGGGAAGAUGGAGGUGUGCGGCUUUCUGCUGGAGCAGGAAGUCCUGGUGCAGCAGGUCAACCGGCGGGGGGUGUCUCCUCUCUUCUGUGCCGUCAGGCAGGGACACUGGCAGAUCGCAGAGCUGCUGCUGCAGCACGGUGCAGACAUCAACAUCAGCGACAAACAGGGCAGAACUUUGCUGAUGGUGGCCGCCUGCGAGGGUCACCUGACCACCGUCGAGUUUCUUCUCUCCAAAGGUGCAUCUUUGACUUCCAUGGACAAGGAGGGCCUGACGGGCCUCAGCUGGGCGUGUCUGAAGGGACACAAGAACGUGGUGCAGCUUCUGGUGGAGAAAGGCGCGGAAAUCGACCACACGGACAAAAACGGGCGAACUCCGCUGGACCUGGCGGCCUUUUUUGGAGAUGCAGAGAUUGUCCAGUAUUUGGUGGAAAGAGGGGCGGUGGUGGAACACGUGGACUACAGUGGCAUGAGGCCCUUGGACCGAGCCAUCGGCUGCCGGAACACGUCGGUGGUGGUCACCCUGCUGAAGAAAGGGGCCAAGCUGGGCCACAGAACGUCUCCUUACGAUCGAUCAGGGAACGCCGCCUGGGCCAUGGCGACCUCCAAGCCUGAUAUCCUCAUCAUCCUGCUUCAAAAACUGAUGGAGGAAGGGAACGUGCUUUACAAGAAAGGCAAGAUGAAGGAGGCGGCUCAGAGGUACCAGUACGCCUUGAGGAAGUUCCCCAGGGAGGGCUUUGGCGACGACCUGAAGGCGUUCAAAGACCUGAGGGUGUCCCUGUACCUCAAUCUCUCCCGCUGUCGCAGGAAAACCAACGACUUUGGGAUGGCGGAGGAGUUUGCAACAAAAGCACUGGAGCUGAAACCAAAGUCCUACGAGGCCUACUAUGCUCGUGCCCGGGCGAAAAGGAGCAGCAGGCAGUUUUCCGCGGCGCUGGCCGACCUGCACGAGGCGGCCAAGCUGUGUCCCAACAACCGCGAGAUCCGCCGCCUGCUGGCCCGCGUGGAGGACGAGUGCAAGCAGUCACAGCGCGCUCAGACCAAAGGAAGCCUGGAAGCGGCCGCCGGCGCCUGCAGCCAAGCGUCCGGAGGCCAGGACUCUGACCAGGAGCACGAGGAAGACCAGGAGGACGAGGCUUCCGAGUGGAGCCAGCGAGACGUGGCGGAACAAGACAAAGGCGAGCGGGCGGAGGCGCGCUGGUACGAAGACCACCACAACCCUGGCAGGCUUCCUCCUCACCGCUACCCCAUGACCCCUCAGGGCCUGGUGCUGCAGACCACCAAGCAGGCCCAGAUCGUCAAAACCAACCAACACGGAAGCUCGGCGCAGGCAGGGGGCGGAGCCAAACCCCAGUACGCUCCCUCCAGCCCGUUACCCGCCCGACACAUGCUGACGCCCGCCCCGGGAAUCGACAUCAGCGAGAGUUCCUUCUCCUCCAAGGUCAUAUCGGCGCACUCCGCCUCCUCUCUGGAGGUCUUCCCGAACCCGGGUCCUCAUCCCGAGUCCGGCAGCAGCAUGCGGGUGUCCAGCUCCACCAGCAGCCUGGCGUCCAGCGGCAGUCUGUCCGACAGCAGCAAACACGGUCAGCCGGAGCACAAGCCCAGACCCUUCAUGGGCGUCAUAGACAAGACCGCACGCUUCCAGCAGCAGCCGCCGCUCGCCCGCGCCGACGGCGAUCACCUCUACGGGAAAGCGGCGAGCGCCUACCAGGAGCAGCACAGGCAGAACGGCGCCAAGGAGUUCUCCUUCUGCCAAGCCGCCAACUGUUACAAAGAGUCCAAGCAGCACGCCUUCACGGACGCCAAGUCCAAACCGGGCGCCAACCCCGCCGUCCACAUCACGUCCAUCAAGCCAAAGCGAUCCUUUAUCGAGUCCAACGUGUAGAAGCAGGAUGGACAAAACUGCACUGGCGCCGGUUUUGAGGGAGGAAGUAGGAAGUGCUUCGUCUUGUUUUGUUCCGCCUCCUCCUAUUCUACUUUGGACUCCCCAUGCACACACAAAAAAAGUGUAAAAAGCACAUUUGUUAAAUAUGUUUGUUUGUACAUGACGAGAAUCGACGUCUUCUUUAUCUGCUUGUUGUUGCUGUCUAGAUUUUAAUUUAUUUACCAACGGCUUAAAUGUAAGAGCGAUAUAUUUGAUAUAGUUAUUUUUGCACAGCUACUAAGACAUUUUAUUGGGUUGAGUGCAUGCCGUUUACACCGAGUCUCAGAAAAUUAGAAUAUGGUGAUAAAGUCCUUUUAUUUUCUGUAAUGCAACAAAAAACAUGAAAAUGUCAUACAUUCUGGAUUCAUUACAACUGAAAUAUUGCAAGCCUUUUAUUAUUUCAAUAUUGCUGAUUAUGGCAUACAACUUAAGAAAACUCCUAUCUCAAAAAAUUGUAAUAUUUCCUCAGACCAAGUAAAAAAGCUGCAUGCCAUAAUCAGCAAUAUUAAAAUAAUAAAAGGCUUGCAAUAUUUCAGUUGAUGUGUAAUGAAUCCAGAAUUUAUGACAUUUUCAUCUUUUUACUUGCAUUACAGAAAAUAAAAGGACUUUAUCACAAUAUUCUAAUUUUCUGAGACAGUCCUGUAUGGAGUGUGCCAGUCACCACUUUCGUAUUACAUGUCUGGUUUUUAGCAUUGUGCCGUCACCCACUUCUGCUGCCAUGGCAACCGCGGCGGGGAAAUAAAAAUACCCACUGAGGGACAACAAACGCCUCAACUUUGGACUUCUUACCAAAAAAAGAAUAAAAGCAGUGUGGUAAUA